ACGACAGUUCGGCACUGAAUCUGAUCGCUCGCGGUUGUGUUGUCCGUUGGCGGUGCAGCUCGUUCGUUCGUUCGCGCAGUGUGGUCGUUCACCGUGUGCGGAUCGGUGCAAAGAAAUCUGAGAGCCACGUGCCGCUCCGGUGUGUGUGUGUGUGUUUGUGGUGUUGUAAUUGUGUAAAUUUCGUACGUGUGCCGUACAAAAUUAGAGCUUGCACUUGUAACGGUCAAUUCAAAUUUGUAGCCCCAGUGAACAAAUCGUCCUCAGUAGAGCGUUGAGUGUGUGUUUGUGUUUUUUAUAUGUGUAUGUGAAUCUAAGCUAAAUACAUAAGUUGUGUGUGUGUUGUGUCCAUUUCCGCAAGUUUUAGAGGGUCUGCAAAAAAUCGGAACUGGUCCUCACCGGUAACCUUCAGGCGGUCUUUCUUCGGUGUAUCAGUUUAAAAUUAGUGCCAACCGACGGAAACGCUCGUUAAAGCGGUUAAUGUGAAAAUUAAGCUUUACCUCCCUUUCUGGCCGGUGUCUGUGUGCGUGUGUGUGAUUGUGACGCCAAAAACGUAACCAUACGUGUUGGAAAAGAAAGUGCAAAUCACAAUUACUACCGUUGCAUGUAAGUGGCUAAGGGUUUGGUGUUGCCGGUUGCCAUAAUAGGGGGACCGAUCGACCGAAAGUGAGGGUAAAAGGCGAUUAGCAGUGAAAGAAAGUGUAGUUAAGGGAGUGUACCACUGUUCCCAAACCUUCAAACCACCUUCAAACGACAACAUUCAUCGUAGCAAUCCGUAUCACGGCUGCCAUGACUAGGCUAGGCAGUGGCUAGGUAGGAUACACGAAGGGCUAGCACACGAUAAACAAAACAAACACACGAAUUACGCCGCCUAGGGCCGCACGCUCAGACUCCCAUUAACGCCCGCCGGUGGCGCAUCUUCUGGUGAAAGUGCUUGGUUUGCCGCAUUUGACAUCGCCCGCCGAACACGCCACUACGGGAGCGGUAACAUGAAACUGUCCAAGCAUGCCGACUGCAUGCAAAUACGGGCUUUGCUAAGGAAGGAUUAUCUCGUCCGAAUACGACAACCAUGGAUGACUUUAAUUCAGUACAUAUGGCCGUGCAUGAUCUUUGCCGCGCUGUACAUACUGAGAAAUCGGUUCCAGGCGGUGGAGAUAAACGAUUGCCAGUUCCCGACCCGUAACCUCCAAGCGAACGGUAUCCUGCCCUUCUUCCAGUCGUACAUCUGUACGUUCGAGAACGAGUGCCAAGAUGCGAAAAACUUUGCCGAAACGGAAGAGUUCAACGAUGCGCCCGUAACACCAGUGCUUAACAUCAUUCAAAUUAUCUUGGAUAACGAGGCGCUGUACAAUGAGAUCAUACAGCUACCGAUCGAUCGGAACUUCAUCACCAGCGUUACCACGAUCGUAACGCAUCCCAAGUUUAAGGAAAUUGAACGUAAUGGUGAUCGGCUGGUGAAGAUGCUGCCGGAGAUCCGCAAAAAGAUCGGUGGUUCGUUCGAUAUAUUGCAACUGUUUUCCGACGAUCAAACGUUCUCGAAAUCGGGCAAUAUUCUGUGCGGCCGUCCUUUUCCACGCAGUGACAACAUUCGGUUCGUGGACAACAUUCUCUACACGCCGGACUACGCCGGAGCGGAUAAGGACGAGCUGGACGUGAUGCCGACGGCCUACUGCAAGCAGCUCUACCUGGACGUAACGAACACGAACAAUGGCAAGAUCACCUGGCGCUUUCUGAAACCGAUUCUGCAGGGCAAGGUUCUGUACGGUCCAACGAGCGAGCGGAAUGAUGAAAUUAUGCAGCUGGCCAACCAAACGUUCGCUGACAUGGGUCGGCUGAGGGAGUUUUUCCGUGCGCUCGAUACGACGCUGCAGCUUUUGCGCACCGAUAAGGAGACGCAGGAAAGCUUCCAGGGUUUAAUCGAUCUGGCGAAAAGUCCGCUCGUUCAGAUGCUUGCCGGUGGUAGUGUUAAUAUCGAGCUGAUCGAGGGUAUGAUGAAUGGUAUCUUGCACGACGAAGAGGUUGCCAAGGCGGUGCACACGAUCGCGAACAUCUUUGACUGCUUUUCGGCCGACCGUUUCUUCCCGGUGGCGAACGAGCAAGCGCUGGAAGAUCGUGCGUUUGAGCUGAAUCGCAAAAAGAUGUUCUUCGCCGGUGUUUACUUUGAAAGAGGCGCAACGGACAAGGAUAUCACGUACAAAAUUCGUAUGCGCACCGACGAUACGCCGGUGACGGUGGAGAAUCGCAAUCGCUUCUGGUUCCCGGGACCGGAGGCAAGCUUCGAGCUGGACAUGCGGUAUCACCGUGGUUUCAUCCAGAUUCAGCACGCGAUCGAUAUGGGUAUUAUACGGCAAAGGAAGAAGGAAGCGGCUGGUAAAGAGCGCCAGGCUGAACCGGAAGAAAGUUCUCCCUUUGGUGGUGGUGAGCUGGAGUUGGAUGAUGAAUUGGAUCAGGAUGAUGAGGAUGAGACUGAUGAUAAGAGCGCUGAAACGGGAAGCGAUGAGGAGACGGAAAUGGCUACGGUUUCUCCAUCUUCAGUUCCAACCGAAACUACCACUGAAAAUUUAACAGCAGUGUAUGCGGAUCUCAGUAAGCGGGUGAACGUGUCACAGGACGUACUGGAUCGGUUCGGCAGUGGCAGCAACAGUAGUGCGCUGGAAGAUUUCCUCGACUUUAAGGACGAUGAGGAUGAGAGCUCCGAUUCGGAACCGUCGGCAACAACCACCACCGUGACACCGUUACCUGCGCUCCGAAGACGGAAACGACAGUCGUUUCUGGAUCUGAUCUUCGGUGGGGGAAAGAAAAAACCUACCGGUGAGGUAGAGUACAAGGUGGCAAAUGAAAAGUUCUACACGAAACAAUUCCCCUACCCGAAGUACACGAAAGAUGACUUCAAGAAGGGUCUUUACCUAGCGCAGUCCAUACAAAUGGCUUACUUCAUCGCACUGAUCGUGCACGUCGCAUCGGCAGUUCGGCAAAAGAUCUGGAUGAAGGAGAGCGGCAAUUCGAUGUUGAUGCGCGCGAUGGGACUCAAGUCGGGUUCGGAAACCGUGUCCUGGAUCAUUGCCACAUUCAUCGAAAUCGGUAUCGUGUUCCUGAUUGGGCUGAUCAUCCUGUACAGCGGCGGUAUUCUGGUGCACUCCAGCCAUAUCUUCCUGUUCUGCUACCUGGUAGUGUUUGGCAUUUGCUUGAUCGCAUUCUGCUACAUGUGCUCCAUGUUCUUCAGCUCGGCCAGCAUCGGAUCGGUGUCGAGCGUGAUACUGUUCCUGGUAACAUUCCUUCCGUACAUUAUUAUCAUCUCGCUGGGCGCAACGCUGUCCACCGUGGCAAAGUUCGUCGCAAAUCUGUCCUUCUCGACAGCCUUCUGCUAUGCCUGGCGUCACGUGAUGCGCAUGGAGCUGCAGCAUCGGGGCGCGAACUUUAGCAGCGCCUUCCGGGGUGCGAUCGAGGACAAUGAUCUCAAGUUUGGCAUCCUCAUGAUUUUGCUCGAUGCCCUGAUCUACUUUACCAUAGGCUACCUGUACCAGUGUUUAAGGAAAGAUGAAACCACAUUCCAUACGGUAAAGCGCGUCAAGCUGGACAAAAGCAUUGGUGCCGAUCUCAGAAACGUGGACGUCACGUACGAGCAGGGUGGCAAGAAGGUAUUGAGUGACGUUUCGAUAACAUUCCGCCGUGAUGAAGUGUCCUGCCUGCUGGGACGGAACGGCGCUGGCAAAAGCACGAUCAUAAAACUGCUGACCGGUCAGGUAGUGCCCGUUGAAGGUGAUGUUCAUCUACCGCUGGACUACGAUUUCAUAUCCGGCAUAAGGAACAAUGCGGAGAAAAUUGGGCUUUGCCCACAGAACGAUGUCCUCAUACCGAAUCUCACCGCCAAGGAGCACCUGCAGCUGUACGCACGGAUCAAGCUGACGCGUGGGUUCGACACGGAAGUCUCGCGAACGCUGGACAAUCUAAAGAUGGGCCCAUAUCAGCACUAUCGGGCGUCUGAUUUGUCUGGAGGGUUCAAGCGCCGGCUCUGUAUCGCAAUCGCGUUCCUUGGUUCGCCCAAUUUGGUAAUUUUGGAUGAACCGUGCAGCAGCGUGGACACGAAAGCUCGCAAGUAUAUCUGGGAGCUGAUCCAAACGCUACGCAAAGACCGGGCGGUCAUACUUGCGACACAUCAUCUGGACGAAGCCGAGUGUCUAAGUGAUAAGAUUGUCCUGUUGGAAAAUGGAAAGGCGAUACUGGAGCAAUCACAAGAGGAGCUGAAGAAACGGUUCACCAACACGAUAUAUUUGAAGGUUUUCUUGCGACAUCAAACGGACCUGGAGCGGACGGCAUUGAUCGCGCAGCUGAGCAAACUGUUGGAUGGGACGAUUGAUUUGCGAUAUGAAAUGAGUGCUACCCUGCAUCAAUUGGACUUUAAGAUCACUUCCUCUACCGGUGAUAGUCAAGUGUUGAACAUUGAACCUCUGCUGGAGCAUAUGGCGCAGCUGAAAGCAAGCAAGCAAAUUGAAACGUUCGAGCUGCGCAAUGAAAACCUGCUCAACAUCUUCAACACGGUCAACGCAAACGACCCAACGCCAUCCGAUCCGAUGUUGCUAAAUGGCAACGGUAACACCCCGGCACACAUUCCAAACGGCUUCCACGGUCCGAAAACGAACGACUCCCAGCUCGGCACACUGUCCAUCAUGAGUACACUGUUCAGCAAGCGUAUCCGCCAUUUCCUGCGCAACUAUCGACUGCUGGUGUGUUUGCUUGUGUUGCCAACCGUGUUUGAAAUCAUUGCCAUGGGCUUCAUGACUAUUCGGCCGCCUGGAGAGUACGAUCAGAUGGUCAACUUUUCACCAGCGCUCUACCCGGGAUCGGCCGAGUUCUACACUAACGUUACCGAUGGGGACGAGUAUCGGGACGCGAUCGUCACUGAUGUGGUGGCACACUGUACGGAUGAUUUGUGUUCCAUGUUUAACACCUCGCUCGAUGCUUACCGGUGGGUGUUGUCCACCACGGACGACUACACGGAGCGACGGUACGGGGGCAUCACGAUCAACAAGGAGAAAAAUAUCGUUUGGUACAACAACAAGGGCUAUCAUUCGAUGCCAACCUGGCUGAACAUGCUCGAUACGGCUGUUUUGCGGGCCGAGCUGAACGAUUCCGGCUACACGAUCCGCACCAUUAAUCAUCCGUUGAAGAUCGAGGAGGAUGAUCUGUCCGUCUCGUCGAUCUUACAGCAAAUAGCUGACGCGGGAAUAUCGCUCAUCAUGCUGUUGGCCUUCAGCCUGGUCGUCGCCGGUGCCUCGGUGUACAUCGUCAGCGAGCGUAUGCGCGGUGAAAAACUGCAGCAGCGUCUGGCCGGCGUAAACGUCUUUACCUACUGGACCGUAACGUACAUCUGGGACGCUAUGAUCUUCCUUAUCGCCGUUGCAUUGGCCAUGAUCGUGUUCAAGGUGUUUGCCAUACCGGCGUACGUUGCGAGGGACCAGCUGGAAGGUAUCUGCUUGCUGCUGGUGUUUUACGGCUUCGCCAGCAUCCCAUCGGUCCAUCUGUUCGAGAAGCUGUUCACCGACGCUAGCUUUGCGAAUAUGUCUCUCUUCUGCCUGAACGUCAUUACGGCGCUCGGUACGCUGACCAUUAUCAUACUGUUCGAUGUGCUCGGUGAUAGCGAUCAGGCGGAGAAGGUCAGAAACUUCCUGAACCGUGCGUUCCUGGUGCUGCCGCAACACGCUCUGGCCGAUGGGCUGAUUGAAAUGUCGAAAAACUACAUCACGGCGGAGAUCUUCAAGCGCUACUACAUCGACUCGUACAAAUCGCCACUGAGCAGCGACCUCCUGCAACCGCAUCUGAUCGCCCUGGUGGUAAUGGGACUUGUGUUCAUGCUGCUGAACGUGGCCAUCGAGUACAAACUGAUACAGCGUCUGUUCAACCGGAUUGCUGGUGUGUCUCGGCCGAUAGCACAGGAACUGAACGGGAUCGAUACGACGGACUACAGCACCAUGAUAAGCCGUGUGGAUGGCAAGAAGAAGUCCAUUACGGCCGAUCAGAUCCUGUCGGUGGAUAAUCUGAGAAAGAAAUAUCGUGGAUGUGGUGGCGGUGGAGGUGGUGCGAAAGGACUAGAGGUGGUUAAGAAUGUGUCCUUCAAGCUGCACUAUGGCGAGUGCUUUGGUUUGCUCGGCACGAACGGUGCAGGAAAGUCUACCAUCUUUGCCAUUCUUUCUGGAGAAUUGCUUCCAUCGGGUGGUAGCUUCACUUUCUACAGCAAUCACGGUCCCUCGUACUGUCCGCAGAACAAUUUCCUUGAUCCCCUGCUCACGGUGGAGGAGGUGAUCGUGUUCUACGGGAAGCUGCGCAACAUCGAAUCGAUCGACAAACUGGUAAUGGAAACGCUCAAAGAGUACCAUCUCGAGGCGUACCGGAAGGUGUUGGUAAAGAAUCUGAGCGGAGGUAACCGCCGGAAGCUGUGCGUAGCCGUUGCCUGCUUCGGCCAGUCGGAAAUCAUCCUGAUGGAUGAGCCUACGAGCGAUCUAGAUCCGGUGACGCGCUCGAUCGUGUACAGCACAAUCGAGCGGCUCAAUGGACAGAAUCGCUCGAUACUGCUCACCUCGCACAGCAUCUCCGAAAUCGAUCGGAUAUGCCAGCGGAUAGCGAUCCUGAAGGAUGGCGAACUGCUUACGGUUGAUACACCGGACCGGCUGAAGGAACGUUUCGGGCACAGCUACCAGAUAACGCUCUACCUGGAAGGCAUCCGCGAGGUGGACUUUUUAAGGGUCAUCAAGCGUGAAUUUGACGUGACGCGCGAUAUCAUUCUGCACAAGAAUUCCGUCCAGUUCGUGUGCCAGAUUUAUCCGGAGGCUGGUACGGUGGAAAAAGCUAAAUCACCCAAAAACGGUCACGUAACGAUCAUGCUCAACGAGACCGGCAAUGGGGUGGUAGCGCCGGGUACCUCCACCACCGCCACACGCACCGCCAGUGAACUUUUCCUCAAGCUGCAGCGCUUCGCCCAGGCAAACAAGCUGCGGUACACGAUUUCACGCUGUCAGAUGGAUCAGAUAUUUGAAAACGUCCUACAAAGUCACGAGGAGGACCACGCUAAUCCGGGUUUCGUCGAUAGCUAGAAGUAGGGGGUGAUGUUGUGCGUUAUCCUUUUGCUUGUAACAUAUAGGUAACUGAUAGGAUUACAUUUUAAAAUUUGGUAAAGUUAAUAAACGGAUGGAAACAGUGAAUUUUACUUUUAUA